GCUCUGUCUUUGUCAGCACAAUUAACUUAUCAAUAAACAAAUAAUAAAAAUGUGGCAAGUUUUCUAAAGUAAGGUCAUUUUUGUGUAUGUGUGUGUGCGUUCAAGAUCGAAAAAUCGGCGCAUAUUUUAAAAUGCUGAUCAAAUGAUAAAGCGAUAGAAAUGCUAAUUUUUUUGUGUAUUGAUAGUACAGGUUAUACUUAACAUAAUCAAAUGACGCUUGGAUAAAAUUAGAUAAAUCCUGAUUAAAGAUUCUUUUUGGUUCGUGCACAGUGUUCAUUUGAGUUUUGACCGAGAUGAACCUCAUUGAUGUCCCCCCUGAUGGGGGUUGGGGAUGGAUGGUAGUCCUAGGAGCGGCCCUGAUAAACAUGGUCAAUCAAGCGCUUUUUUCCAUAUUCGGAUUAAUUUACGGGGAAAAACUGGAAGAAAUGGCAAAUGGAAAGGCCACGGGAAUUACAUUGGUAAUGGCCAUCAAUGUGAUGGUCACAAACUUUUCCGGACUCGCCGUGGCGGCCAUUUUGAGAAGGAUCAGCAUACAGUGGGUAACAUUAAUAGGCGUUUUUUGCGUCGGCACGGGAAUGAUUUUAUCAGGAUUUGCCACGGAAAUAGUGCACAUCGUACUGGCUUACGGCUGUUUGACAGGAUUGGGCUUGGGAUUGCUGGCAUCGUCAACAUUCUUAGUGAUAUCGCAAUAUUUUACAUCAAGAAAAAGUACAGCAGUGGGCCUGGCAAUGUCUGGGACUAGCAUAGGUCAAAUGUUGAUGCCGAUGUUGGUCGGUUUUUUGCUAAAUAAUUACGAAUACUCUGGAACCACAAUUAUAAUGGGAACACUAAGUUAUACAGGCAUUUUAGGGGCAAUGUUUUUUAAGCCAUUUUUGUGCUUUAAUAAGAGUGUAUUAACUGAGGAAAAAAAUAACGAACAAAAACCGUUACAAAAUGGUGUUAAGUCUGAUAACAGUACCAAAGUCUAUGAAGUAAAUGAAAACAUUAAGGCUUACAUUCAAGAAAAUACAGAUGAUAUUAAAUAUCCUGAGGAUAUUAAGAACAAUAAUAUAACAACAUCUACAAAUAGUUUAAAGAAGGCAGAAUCAUUAAAAGAGACGAUACAGGAAGAAAAUCAAUCCAUCAGGAAGGUAGAAUCAAAGGAUACCAUAGAUACAGAUAAUCAAUCAAUUAAAAGAGAAGAAAAUAUAACAAAUACCUAUAGUCAAUCUAAUCUAUCCAUUAGUUCAGGAUCAGAUGAAGAAAUACAGAACAUAAUAAUGAACAAUGAAGAUGUGAUUUCUCUAGAUGAGGAUACUUCAGGAUAUAAUGAUGAAGUAACAGAAAUAUCAGAAAAGGCCAAAACACCAGAGGGUACAAAGUGGGAAGAUGUCGAGGUUAGAAAAAGCGUCACACAAUUAAGACCACCUAGUACCAAUCCAUUUGGCUCAGAUAGUGAAGAGGAAGAAGCUUUACCCAAAAAUAAAACACAAUACUCCAGACCACCAAGUACUAACCCAUUUGAAUCACAAGAAAGUCUAUAUGAGAGUGACAACGAGCAACUACAAGCGGAAAAGAGCAAACUACUUAAUGAUAUUAUGAAUUUAAAUAAAAGUUUUAGCGAUGCAAGUACAGUUAGUAAAAGUAAAAACCCUUUUGGUUCAGUUGGAGAUCUACUAGGUACACAAACUGGUGUUGUGCCAAGAAAAUUCGGCUCCAAUCCCCUUGGCCCUGUUGAUAAAAUACAAGAUACUAGACAAAGCACCAAGAAAAGAUUUAGACUUUUUGCUGAUGAGGAACCAAGUAAUGUUCAAACUGAACAUACCAACCCUAAUACAAAAAAUGAUGAAGAUGUAAAAGAACAAUUGUUGGAGAGUCAAGCAUUACCACCAAUUAUUAAAGAAUGCCCACCAACUUAUAUGGAAAAAAUAACAAAAUCGCUAGGCCUCAAACUACUAAUAGACCUGAACUUUCUACACCUCUUGAUAGGUCUAGCUUUGGGCUAUGUAAGCACAGUAACAUUCAGUACAUUUUUCCCAAUGUUUUUACAAGACGAAGCCAAAUUAACAAUACUGCAAACUACAUACUGUAUGUCAGCCUUAUCAUUUGCUGACAUUGCCGGUAGAUUGACAGUGGGAGAAAUUGCAAGGAAACUGAAAUUGGACAAUCGGACUGUUUUCAUCAUUGGCGCUUUCAUGCUCGGAAUUUGCAGAUCUGUAAUGGUAGAACUAUCUGACUUCAAGCACUUGCUGGCGACAUCGCUGUUGGUUGGUUACUGCAGGGCUGCCACUGUAAUAACGCAAAAUUUGGUGGUGUCGGAUUACAUUUCAAGUACAGAUUUGCCAGCUGCUGUUGGUUUGAAUAUGGUUGCUAAAGGUGUGUCAGUGCUAACUUUAGGACAAGGUUUAGGAUUGUUAAAGGAUUUGUUAUCUUUUGCUUGGUGCAUACACGUCCUUGACAUUAUUAUAUAUGUAGUCGCCGUAUCGUGGUCUGUUGAGCUAAUGGUUAAAAGAUGUAUUAAGAAAAAAUCGCUAAAAUGUACGGAAAAAGUAUAGGAGCAGUAUUAAGUUAUUUGUGAUAUAAAAUACUGAGAUUUUUUUAAAUGUACGACUAGUUUUAGGUAAUAAAUUAUUUUAAAGUUAUAAAUGCA